AUGGCAUCUCCCCUGGAGCAGGCGCUGGCCGUGAUGGUCUCCACCUUCCACAAGUACUCAGGCAAUGAGGGGGACAAGUACAAGCUCAACAAGCAGGAGCUCAAAGAGAUGCUCAACAAGGAGCUGCCCAGCUUCAGUGUAAGUAGACAAACCAGUGAGGCCAGUUUGCAGCAGCUCAUGAACCAUCUGGACAGCAACAGCGACAGCGAGGUGGACUUCCAGGAGUACGUGACCUUCCUGGCCUGCAUGGCCAUGAUGUGCAAUGACUUCUUCCAGGACUGCCCUGACAAGAUGCCACGGAGGAAGUGA